AUGUAUUAAAGUUAAUAAGUAGUAAAUAAGUAUUAAACCCAGGCUGGGACAACUUGGCUUUCACUUUACGUGGGUUGUAAGAGGAUGUUUGAUAAGCUGUCAUCUGAGAGCUCGCUGAGUCAUUUUGUUAAGAGUCACCGCCCUAACCGAGCUCGUAGUCACUUGUGGGAUCCAUAAGUAAUGAGGGUUUCACAUGUGUUGAAGAAUCUCGCAAUGGCUUAGGCUGGAAACAGAGCAAGCAAUAGGGAUCGCUAUGAGCGGCGGAAGGAUACCGGACUCUUGAAUUGA